AUGGGUAACAAAUUUAUCUGUAUGAAGAAGAAAGAUAUUGUCACCACCAGAGGUGAUGGAUCUAGAAGCAAGAGAGUGAAUCGUUCUCAGAGGAAAUUGCUUGGUGAUGAAGAGACGUUGCAUCGACGAGCUUUGUCAAUGGCGAUUCAACAAGCUCAGCUCUCUCAGAGAUUCGAUGGAUCCAUGUCUCGACGUGUCGGGUCUACGAGCUCCAGAAGACGCACACUCUCUGACCCAUUUUCCAAUAGCAACCAGUUGCCUGAUUUUUUGGAGAGCUUGAAGGUGAAGAAAAUUGUUUUGGUGCAUGGUGAAGGCUUUGGGGCAUGGUGUUGGUACAAGACUAUUGCUUCAUUGGAAGAGUCAGGACUAUCUCCUGUUACAGUUGACCUCGCUGGAUCUGGAUUUGAUAUGACAGACGCAAAUAGCGUCUCCACCUUAGAAGAAUACUCAAAACCGUUGAUCGAGCUCCUUCAAAAUCUUCCUGAGGAAGAAAAGGUGAUACUGGUGGGUCACAGCACUGGAGGUGCGUGUGUUUCAUAUGCGUUAGAGCAGUUUCCAGAGAAAAUCUCAAAAGCUAUAUACUUAUGUGCCACUAUGGUUUCUGAUGGACAAAGACCCUUCGAUGUCUUCGCUGAUGAGCUUGGUUCUGCAGAACGGUUCAUGAAAGAGUCACAGUUCUUGAUCUAUGGAAACGGCAAAGAAAAGCCUGCAACAGGAUUCAUGUUUGAGAAGCAACACAUGAAGAGCUUGUACUUCAAUCAGUCACCCAAUAAGGACAUUGCAUUGUCGAUGAUCUCAAUGCGACCUGUGCCAUUGGGUCCGAUGAUGGAGAAACUGUCGCUUACUAGAGAAAGAUAUGGGAAAGGUCGGAGAUUCUAUGUUCAGACGCUUGACGAUUUGGCUCUCUCACCAGACGUUCAAGAGAAACUUGUGAGAGAGAAUAUUCCAGAAGGAGUUUAUAAGAUCAAAGGAAGUGAUCAUUGUCCUUUCUUCUCUAAACCUCAGUCUCUUCACAAGAUCCUUCUUGAGAUCGCUCAGAUUCCUUAA